AUGGAUUUAAAGCCUCUUGUAAAAUGUGAACCAAAAGAGCACUUUGAAAAUAUACGAGAUUUAACCAUAAGAGAUGAUGAUAUAGUGAUAUGUGGUUAUUCAAAAGCAGGUACACAUUGGUUGUGGGAAGUUCUCAACAUGUUAAGAAACAAGACGACCGAGUACAAAAAAGACGUGAAAGAGAAACAAAUGAUAGAAUUUCUUCAGAAGGGAGAUCUUGAUAAAGAACCUUCACCAAGAGUUUUAAACACACAUUUAUAUCCCAGUCUUUUACCAAAACAACUGUUAGAGAAAAAAACCAAACUGGUUUAUUUGAUUCGGAAUCCUAAAGAUACAGCUGUUUCAUUGUAUUUUCAUUUCUAUGGUCUUCAAGGAUUGGCCCCUUACGCUGGAGAUGUACAUGAUUUCAUAGAUAUAUUUUUACAUAGGGAAUUGGGACUUGGAACUUGGUUUGAAUAUGUUUUAAAAUGGGAGAAAUUUCUUCAGACAACUGAUAACCCAGUUUAUUUUUUACCUUAUGAAGACAUGAAAGAGAAUCCAGUUCAUCAUGUUAAAGAAUUAAGUAAAUUUCUAGAGAUAGAUGUAUCAGAUAAACUAACAGAAGAUAUCGUUGAAGCGUGUUCAUUUCGAAAUCUGAAAAAAGCUUCUGAAGAACAGAAACAUGACCCAUUAAAACCAUUAUGGAAAGAAGGACAGUCUAUGUACAGAAAAGGACAAGUUGGAGAUUGGAAGAACUAUUUUACUGUGGCAGAAAAUGAAGAAUUUGAUAAAGUUUACCAAGAGAAAAUGAAGGCCAGCAAACUACAAUUUAGAUACAUAUAA